GGAUACGUUUCUAUAGUUAAAAGGACUUUCAAACUUCCUUCUGUAGGCCAAAUACUCUUUACACAAACUGCCCUUUACGAGCAAUUGCAACCAUCCAUCCAGAAGUUCUUUUGUUUUUGAAGUUUUCGACACAUGCACUUUAGAACCUCUCUGUUCCUGAUUUCCAAUCAAAGCUCUCGGCAUAGAGAGCAUUCACCACUCACCAAUCACCCAAUUCUCAUUGUCUAGAGAGCAGUCACAAGUUCAGAUUCACCUCCAUGUUGUCUCACGCGCGCCUCGUCUCCUCCCUCCGCCAAACAUCUUCUCUUCUAAAAUAUAAACCCAACUUUACCAUCCAUAAAUCCUCUUUUGUCAACCACAAGCCCAAGCUCACAAUUCGAAACCUCGCAACACAAGCUAAAUCAUUCAACAUGUCUUCCAUGAAUGCCAUGAACCCAAAGGAAGAAGGCGAUAUCUCUUCUGUCUUCGUCUCACUCUCCGGCGCCAAGCCUACACCACUUCCAGAACGAUUUGCUGAUAUCAAGCGCAACCUUAUCCGUGGCCACGAAGAGGCCGUUCAAGCAUCUUUCACUCGCCUUAUUGAACAACUUGCGGUUGAGAAUCGAAAAGUUGCAGAGUUGGGCCCGAAGAUUAUCCCAAGUGUGACUUUCAAGGAUGUUAUUGAGAAGACCGUGAGUGAGGAGCAGUUGAAAGAUAUGAGAGAUAAAGGUGCACUUGUCAUUAGGGGUGUCGUAGAUGAGACAAUUGCAAGAGGUUAUAAGCAGGAGGUCGAAGACUAUGUUAAGUUAAAUCCCAGCACUAAGGGCUUCCCACCUAAUGAUCCACAAGUCUACGAGCUCUACUGGUCUCCACCACAAGUCAAAGCUCGUGGCCAUCCAAACAUGAUCGUUGCCCAAAAGUUCCUCCUCAAUCUCUGGCACUCCGCCGAUCCUACCUCGCCCAUUUCCAUUUCUCAACCAGUCGCCUACGCUGACCGUGUCCGCAUCCGUCAACCUGGUGAUGCUAUCUUUGCUCUCGGUCCUCACGCCGAUGGCGGAUCUGUUGAACGAUGGGAACCCAAUGGCUAUGGUAUCAACGGAGUAUAUGACACUAUUUUCCAUGGAAAGUGGGAAGAAUUUGAUCCUUUUGAGUCUUCAUCACGUGUUCCUGCUGUUAGCGACCUCUAUCAUGGUGGAGGAAGCUGCUCCAUGUUCCGUAUGUUCCAGGCCUGGCUCAGCAUGUCCCACACUUCGCCUGGAGAAGGCACAUUGAAGGUCAAUCCACUUAUCAAGCUUACCACCGCUUACUUCUUACUUCGACCUUUCUUUGAGCCUAUCAAGGAAUUGCCAGAGGGAAAGGAGGAUCAGUAUACUGCGGAAUACCUCAGCCCCGAGAACUGGAGACUGAUCCCAACUGAUCAGAUGACCACUGCUCUCCAUGGUGCUACCCCAAGCCAUGGACAGGAGAUGACCGAAAAGUUUCACCCACAUCUGGAUUUGAAGAAUACUAUGGUCCAUAUUCCAAAGAUUAACCCAGGCGACUACGUUGCUUGGCACUGUGAUAUGAUCCACGCUGUGGACAAGUCCCAUGCAGGUAAAUCUGACAGUUCUGUUCUCUAUAUUCCCGCUUGCCCUCUCACCCCUAUCAACGCCGAAGCACUUGCCCGCCAACGCGACACCUUUCUCUCCGGCGUUCCAGGGCCUGAUUUCCCAGGUGGAAAGGGAGAGAGUGAGCAUAUUGGUAGACCAGGUCUCGACGAAGUCGAGUCUUGGACUGGUGAAGAGGGAUUAAGAGCUAUGGGUUUGAGCAAAUUUGUUGUUGAGAGUGAGAAGGGAGCUGGUGUUGAAAAGGCUGUUGAGAUCGGAAAUAAUUAUUUGGGAUUUUAGACAAACAUCGAUGAAGUGCUCAUUGUUUGACGAAAUACCGGGUGCGAUGGGGUGGCACAAAGAUUUCACGAUAGUGGUCUUAGAUUGCGAUGGAGAGUUAUUAUGAUGGAGCUAGGAUGGAACGGCGUCGGAUUUCUUUUGCACAUCCAAAUCUAAGAUUUCUUUUCCUACAUUGAGGGAAUGAAAUGUCAGAUCGGGAAUUUACUCAUUUUAUUAUCGGGAAGGGAAAAUUGACAUUGAGUAAAGCUCAAUGAUAGGAUACAUUAAGAAGUAUCUAGCAAAAGUCAACAAAUAGCAUUGGCUCAUACCAAAAAUUUCGACA